CCUCUUGGAAGUAUUUGUUGACUAGAAGCCGCUGGUCAUCUUUUUUUUGAUUUGUUUAAAGUUAAUGUUUUGUAAGUUCCACAGAUUCAUUUCACGACCAUUAAAUCAGUCUUUGGAGCGGCUUUUUUUCAUACGUAAAUCCCGAACACUGGCGUCAAAAAUGCCCUUUCAGUACCCGCAGGCUUACCGAGACGAAGCGGUUGUUGAUGAUUAUCAUGGCUGCAAAGUACCUGAUCCAUAUAGCUGGUUGGAGGAUCCUGACAGUGAAAAAACACAGGCUUUUGUAAGUGCUCAGAACCAGCUGACUUUACCAUUUUUAGAGGGCUGCGAAGUGCGAGAUCUCUUCAAGGAGCGCAUGACCGAACUGUAUGACUACCCCAAGUAUAGCUGUCCGUUCAAGAGGGGGAGCAGGUACUUUCACUUCUACAACACCGGCCUCCAGAACCAGAGCGUCAUGUACGUGCAGGAGAGUCUGGACGCUGAGCCCACAAUCUUCUUGGAUCCAAAUACAUUUUCUGAUGAUGGGACUGUUGCUCUACGAGGUUACGCGUUCUCUGAAGACGGGGAGUACCUGGCGUACGGUACCAGUGCCAGUGGCUCGGACUGGGUGGAGAUCCAUUUCCUGCGUGUUGCGGGAGCCGUCCUUCUGGAAGAUCAUCUUGAACGAGUCAAGUUUAGCUGCAUGUCGUGGACCCAUGAUGGGAAAGGCCUUUUCUACAACUCCUACCCUGACCAGGAGGGCAAGAGUGAUGGAACUGAGACCUCCACCAACCUGCACCAGAAGCUCUACUUCCACAUCUUGGGGACUCCACAGUCUCAAGAUAUCCUGUGCGCCGAGUUCCCUGAACACCCCAAGUGGAUGAGUGGGGCCGAGGUGUCGGAUGAUGGACGCUAUGUGCUGCUUUCUAUCAGGGAAGGUUGUGAUCCUGUCAACAGACUGUGGUACUGUGACCUCCAGACCACCCCGCAGGGAAUCACGGGACUUCUGCCGUGGGUGAAACUAAUCGACAAUUUUGAUGCUGAGUAUGAGUACGUGACCAACGACGGCACGUUGUUCACUUUCAAGACCAAUCUAGAUGCCCCGUGUUACCGUCUCAUCAAUAUAGACUUUGCCUCGCCGGCACAGACCAACUGGAAGGAGCUCAUUCCUCAGCACGACAAAGAUGUUAUUGUGUUCGCCACCUGUACCUACUCCAGCUACCUGUUUGUGUGUUUCCUCCAUGACGUGAAGAACGUGUUGAAAAUGUACUGCCUGAGCUCAGGGGAGGAGCUGCGGACCUUCCCCCUGGACGUCGGCUCCGUGGUGGGCUUCACGGGACGCAAGAGGGACUCGGAAAUCUUCUACUACUUCACCUCCUUCCUCUCCCCAGCGAUCAUUUAUCACUGCGAUCUGACCAAGGAGCCGCUGCAGCCGCACAUCUUCCGAGAGGUGACUGUCAAAGGCUUCAAUCCCGCCGAUUACCAGACCACACAGAUUUUCUACCCCAGCAAAGACGGCACUCAAAUCCCCAUGUUCAUUGUUCACAAGAAGGGCAUCAAAAUGGACGGAUCACAUCCGGGCUUUUUAUACGGCUACGGAGGCUUUAACAUCUCCAUCACACCGAGCUACAGCGUCUCCCGCCUCAUCUUUGUCAGACACCUGGGUGGAGUCCUGGCUGUGGCCAACAUCCGAGGAGGAGGGGAGUACGGCGAGACUUGGCACAAAGCGGGCAUGCUGGCCAACAAGCAGAACUGCUUCACGGACUUUCAGUGCGCGGCCGAAUAUCUCAUCAAGGAGGGUUACACCUCUCCGGCCAAGCUGACUAUAAACGGAGGGUCUAACGGCGGCCUGCUUGUAGCCGCGUGUGUGAACCAGCGGCCGGAGCUGUUCGGCUGCGCGGUGGCUCAGGUUGGCGUCAUGGACAUGCUGAAAUUCCACAAGUUCACCAUCGGCCACGCCUGGACCACCGACUUCGGCUGUGCAGAAGUCAAAGACCAGUUUGAUUGGCUCAUCGCUUACUCCCCGCUCCAUAACAUCCAUGUCCCAGAGGGCAACGGUGUCCAGUACCCCGCUAUCCUCCUUCUAACGGGGGACCAUGAUGACCGCGUGGUGCCGCUGCACUCCCUCAAAUACAUCGCCACCCUGCAGCACAUCGUGGGUCACAGCCCCAAGCAGACGAACCCCCUGUUCAUCCUGGUGGACACCAAGUCGGGACACGGCGCCGGCAAGCCAACCAGCAAGGUCAUCCAGGAGGUGGCGGACACGUAUGCCUUUACUGCUCGCUGUCUGAGCAUCUCUUGGGUGAAAUAACCUGCGACCCUUUACAAAAAAAUGUACUUUUUCUUUACUUGAAAUACGUUUCUGAAAAAGGAAAAAUGACAGCAGCUGAUCACGCAACCGUUAUGUUGUUAGAUAGCCGCAUCCUGUCUUCUGCUCAUGUCUUCCCAUCUGCCACCCCCGCUGCCAUCUCCUUUUAUGACCCUCUUCCCACACCGUACACACAGACGUUUAUAGCCCUUAACAAUUAAGACAGAGUUCCUUGUCGUGAGAUAAACGUGUAAAGCGAGGAUCAGCCGUAGUGAGAUCAAAGUAUCAAAAGACUUUUGCAUCCGGUUGUGCCGAUGUGCAUGUUAUUUAUUUAUCAUCUGUUCUCUCAGUGGAGAAGGUAAAUGCUGACGAGACGGCGUAGUCGGAAUUGUGACGUGCGUCGACAGUAUUGUUUUGACCGCGAGAGCAGACACUCGAAACACGUUGCUGUGCGUUUUGAACGUCAGUCCCCGUGUUCCUUUCAGACCGACCAGUUCUACCUCUGACGUGUACUGAUUGUUUCUCUUUUAAAGGGAUACAAACACAACGCCAUAACAACAAUAAACAGCUUUUUAAAACCGA